GCGUGUUUUGACCGUGAAUUUGGGCGGUCAAUACCGUUGACUAAUGGUCAAUGGUCCAGCUCACUACCAUGUCAACGCCAAAAUAAAAAAAAUUCAAAUUCCAAAUUAUUUUCAUAUUUACUUUAUCUAAUAAGAAAAUACAUAUUGGUAAAGAAAAUAAUCCAACAAAACAUGUAGAUAAAUGAAAUUGUCUCUUUGUCCACUGAGAACAAGACACACUCUCUCCCUCUCUCUCUCUUUGUUGGUCGAAGCUCAAAAACCUUUUCCCAUUCCUCUCCUCCCACCUCACCCUUUCUCUCGAGCUCCUUCUUCCAUUGACGAAGACGACAAAUUCAGAGAUCUCUACAUCGAUGUCCUCCAUCCCUUCUCCAACUCCUCAACCUUUAGUUUCCCGCGCUGCUUCAGCUCUAACCGAAACGGCCAAUGCGAAUGAAUAGAGGUAUGAUGGGCGAUGGAGAAGAGGACGAUGACGACGACGACCCUUUGGUGAUUGUGGCAGAUGGAGACCCAAACCGAGGAAUGGAGGAAAUAAAGGAAACAAUACUUUUUCUUAUUUUCUUACCAAUAUUUAUUUUCUUAUUAGAUAAAGGAGAUAUGAACAUAAUUUGGAAUUAUUUUUAUAAAAUUUGGCGCUGACAUGGCAGUGAGUUUGACCGCUAGUCAAUGAUGUUAACCGUCCCCGUUGACGGUCAAAAUACGCAUCCGGCUAAGCUAGUCUAAUAUGACGUAUAGUUGGAAUCAGGAUAACAAUUUCUAAAACUACAAGUCAAAAUAAAUUAUUUGGAUAAAGUUGGGACUAGAAUAAGAUAUUAAUUCUAAAAAAUGGAUGAGAAUAUGAGAUGUUUGUCCGACCAUAUGUGUUCAACCUCCCCAGUCCCAACUACAUAAUGUGUGGGCUGGGCAACUAAAUGGUUGACUUUCUCGGCCCACAAGCAUAAACUACACACCUCUCUCUUUUAACGGGCUCCAACCGUUUAUUUUUUCACAAACCUCCUCAAUUUCCAGAGCUGCCCGCAUUCGCCACGAGUUUUUGCAACCGCAAAAACUCGUGACAAUCCGAUUCCAUACGGGAAGGAGAAUCUCUCCCCUAAUGUCAUCUCUCUAAAUUGAUCUGAUUGCAUCUCUCUGAAUUAUUCUGACCGAGAAUAUAAAACUACUUCUCAAGGAUUCUCCUUAAUGACCAAAUUUCCUCUAGUAAUGCACAAGAUAAGCAUAACAAAAGACGGGUUUUGCAGAGGAGAUUGGGUUUUGUGUAUUUGCGUCGAGUUCAAAUCAAUUAAUUUUGCAACCAAUAUUUGUCAGUGCACAUGGAUGUGUAGUGUAGACAGGAGGUAGAGAAGUUGAAUUUUAUCACGCAUGUGGAAUUGUGGGUUGGCCAUAAUUGUAAUUAAAUGAUGGCAUGUGGAGUAUUAAUCACCUUGGAAAGAAUGAAUAGACAACAGAGCGGCAUUCUUUCUGAGUAGUGCAGGCACUAUGCAGCUAGCUUUGGGAAUUAUGGACGGUACGGUAUGGUACCUCAUUUACUCUUUAUGGAACUAGCUUAUACCCGUCCGUUGGUCGGAAUAUUUUGAGAUAUCUAUUUCGAUGAUAUAUCUUGAUUAGGGGUGUCCAUUCGGGUUCGGCUUUUCGGGUUUACUCGAAACCGACCCGAUUAUAUAUAUUUUUGGUUUUUCGGGUUCGGGUUCGUUUCGGGUUCGGUUUUGCUUAUCGAUUUUUCGGGUUCCGGCUAAAAACCUCCAAUGAAUAGAACUCAACACGUAUUCUUAGGCGUUCGGGUUUUCGGGUUUCGGUUUUGCUUUAACCGAACCCGAUAAGGAAUUUUCGGGUUUCGGGUAACCGGAACCCUCAAGUCCUUAUCGGUUUCGGAUUCAGUUUUAGUGAUUUUUGGUUUCAGGUUUUUGGUUUUUUCGGGUUUCGGUUCGGGUUACCGAACCCGACCCGAACUGACACCCCUAAUCUUGAUAAAUAGUUAAAUAGAUUUUGUUUGGAACUAAUAGUUGACUUUUUAUAAUCGAGAUUGAUAUUAUUAAAACAUGAUAAAUAAAACUCAAUUCUUAGUAUUAAAGCAAUCAUAUGAAUUAAUAUAUUGAGAGUUUAAUUUGUAUACCUUGAACCUUAUUGAUGAAUGGUGUUCUCACUUAUCACAAUCACGAUAAGCCCUGGUGAUUUUCAUGGAAUCUAACACUCCUUCAUCACAACACGAAUCUCCAUUGCUGGUCCAAUGGGUUCAUCACCCACCACUACUAACAGCUUCCUAAAAAGAGGCUAAAUAAUGUCAUAUGUGGAGGAAAAUAGAGAGAACCCAAAGAAACUUAGCUAACAGCAGAGUAAACUGGCAAGAAUAAAAGAAUGGAAAUCUACAAACUCAAUCACAAAAUAAUUGGAGGGACCACUGCUUAUAGGGCUUAUGGUUCCUUUUCUAUUUGUUUGAUUUGGGUUCGUCGCCUCCACCAUGAAUCUCCAACGAGAAUCUGUGUUGUUUGAACCUGAAGCACCCAUUCUCCCCCUAAAUGAUAUAUGAGACAAAGAAGAGGAAGACCGUGAGAUACUCUCUGUGAAGUAAACAAAAAAAAAAUCGAGAUGACAUACUUAAGGAAUUCCUCGGGCCUAAUUCGGAUCCACAACUUCAUAUUCUCUAUUUCCUUGGAAAGAUCCAUCUUCUUCAUCCACAAUCAGCAAGCCUUACAGCCACAAAGAGAGUCCUUCCCCAGGAGAAUACUUGGUAUGCAUCACCUGAUCGCUACUGUCAGAUCCCCGUGGAAUCCAAUGAAUCAAAAUGAAAACUUAAAUCAAAACCUAAGUAAUCAGAGAGAUAAACACAUGUGUUUCUAACUUUCUAUAGUUCAAAACUUUUCUCACCAUCGAAGAGAGGAAUUUGACAAUCCGCCAAUCACCAUGGGACGAACACCUUUAUGGUGUCUCUUCUCUCCUCUUCUUCCUUAUUACUUCCAAUGCCACAUUGCCCACUUCUUCUUCCCCUAAACCGCAGCGCCACCAUUCUCAAUCUUCCGCUUACCCCGAUUCCACUGCCGCUGGACAAAAGUAACUUCAACUCCGUCCUUGUCUCCCUCCUCAACUCCCACUACACCUAGCUCGGUGACCUUGUCGAGAAAGCAUUCCCCACGCUCUAGAGCAAUCAGUCGGCAACCACACAUAACCACCCCACACAAUGGAGCCCUCGAGCGUCGCCUCAACUCCGAGUUCAAGCGCUUCCUCCUAAAGCCUCGCAACCUCCACUCCCUCCGCAGAACAACCUUCGUUGGCAGUGACGGAAGAUGAUUUCAGCCGCAAAAAAAGUAGUGGGAACCGACGGUUUCUUAUCUCUCCUGUCACGCGGGGAUUUCUAAUUUAAUCCUGUGUAACCACCCUGCCACGUCAGACUCCUAAAAUCACUCUAUGCGUAGGAAAAUUUGAAUGGGGGUUGCAGUUUUACUUUUCAGCUAUAAAUUAUACUGUUGAUUCUCCAAUAACCUGAUGCAAUCUGAAAUAGAGGUCGUGGUAAAUGAUGGACCCGUUCCAGUAAAUUUUGCAGCUGCCAUUCAUAUAAAUUAAUUAAUUGUUACAACAGAAGUUGAACUCCUCACCAAUUAUAAGUUUGUGCGAGUUAAUGACACAUACAACACACCACUCAAACAUAACAGUCGAAGAAAAAUAUAACUGAUAACGAUGUAAAUGCACAUGUUUGCGCCCCUAGUUCUUAUCCGUUUGAGGGGCAUAGUCGUGUACUUUUGGCCUAUUUUACGCCGGGUUGUGCUAUUUUGUCAUGUUUCAGGUCCCAGGUGUCAAAGGGAAGGCUAAGCACGAGUUUCGGGGCAUUCGGAAGUCAUUUCGGUGAGCUGGAGCCAAAACACGGGCAGCCUAAGGCAUUACACGGCCGUGUACUGCUGGCCGUGCUUUUUAUGCCGAGAGCAAAUUCAGUUUGGUCGAUUCAGCUGCAAACACGGCCACCAAAGCACGGCCGUGUUCAGGCAAAGCACGGCCGUGUACAUCGCGAAGCACGGCCGUGUUUCCUCCCACUGCUGGCCGUGUAAUUAAACACUGGCCGAAACACGGGCAGGCUCAGGCAAAGCACGGCCGUGCCCUCGACCGUGCUUUGGCCACUGAUGCUUUUAAGCAGAGUUUCAGCCACAAUUCAAGAGGAUUCGAGUUUUUAAGAGAGAGAUCAGUUCCUAGAGAGAGAAAGUGACGAGCAAGAGUUCCCAAGUGCCCUAGAUUGAUCUUCAACACCAUUGGAGGCCAGCUUGAGCUUGGAGAAGUGCCGAUCAACGUCCAGAAGCAGGAAUCCAUCCUUCGCAGUAUGAAUUCCGUGUCUGAUUCUUCUUUUGCUUUCUUCUCUAUGGAGUAGUUCUCCCAUUCAUCUGGGUAUGGAGAACCCUAGAUUUGUAUGUUAGGCUUUGAUUGUAUGAACCCAAGUACUGAUUCUAUGAUUGAUUAUAUUCGAUUGAGGUUUUAAUGAUUGAAUGACUUGAAUCCUGAUCAAAUUCCUGUUGUUUCUGCUUUAACCUAGAAUGAGAAUAUCUGCCUAGGUUAAUAGAGUAUCCUUGAUUGAAGGUAGGGAGUUGGUGACUUUAGUCGAGGAGCCAACUCACUAUUCUGUACCGGAUUUACUCCGGUAGUGGAGGUUUUGUUCUUAGGGCCUCAAUCUGUCGACUCCGGUGGAGGUUAGUCGCCCGCUAGAGAGUCAGAUUGAGAGGGUCUGAAGACCUUUAGUCGAGACUUCAGGCUGUUUAAGAACCUUCCGCAGUAUAAUCUUCAUAGAAACUGAACUUGGUAAUUACAAUCCGGCUUAACUGCAGUCUAGGGGGAACCAUAUCCGGGUGACCUCUUUAACCUGAAUACAACAGUUUACUUGCUUUGUUAGUUUGUUAGUUAGACUUGCAUUCCAGUUUCAUUGCUAGAUAACAAGAAUUCACUGAGUAGUCAUCACAUCUAGGACCCGGGUUGAUAAUUAAACCCAAACCCGCUAUACUACGCUUUAGGAAGUGGUUUCACUUGGCCAAUUCCUGGAGUGACAGUAGAGUCGAGUCAAGUUUUUGGCGCCGUUGCCGGGGACGGCUAGGUUGUUGAAGAAAAGUGAUUUCUGUUAAUUUAGCCUUUCUUUUUGCUUUGUUUGCUUUGUUCCACUUGUGCCUUCACGGGUUUGCUUGCUUGAGUGUGUGCAGGUAGUGCAUGACCCGUAGCCAGUCAGGAGGUUUACUGCCGUUGAAUCCAGAGAUUGACCGCACCUGUCGCCAGCUCAGGAGACAACAGCGAGCUAGACUGGCUACGAAAGAGCGCAUAGACGGCCACGUGAGCAGUGAUUCUGAGGAGGAGUACGAGAUGGCAGACUACAAUCAACACCAGGGGAAUCCUCAGCAGGCUCCCCCGGUGAAUCAGGUCCUGGGGAACAACCCCAUACCCCAGGAUCAUGGAGUUCAUCAUCCACCGCAGCCGGGUCCCACCUUGGAGUACUACUACACUCCGCGGAUUGCUGACAUCCGCCCGGUCAUCCUCUACCCGCCUAUCCCAGCAAACAAUUUCGAGAUCAAGCCAUGCUGGAUUCAGCUCAUCACAUCCUCUAUCCAGUUCCAUGGCUUGAAGAAUGAGGAGGCCAGGGUGCAUCUUUCCCGUUUUCUGCAGCUGACGAACGGGUUCAAGCUGAAUGGUGUCCCGGAUGAUGCAAUCCGCCUUCAUCUCUUCCCCCAUUCUCUGGCGGGGAAUGCUAAGAGGUGGUUGGAGACCCAGCCCCCAUUGUCCAUCACCUCUUGGGACGAUCUAGCGGACAAGUUCGUGCACAGGUACUAUCCGGCAUCGAAGACUACAGAGAUUCAGCGGGAGAUCACUCACUUCCGCCAGGAGCCAGAUGAGUCACUUCGUGAUGCUUGGGAGCGGUACAUGGGCUAUUUCUGGCAGUGCCCCCAUCAUGGCUUCAGUGAUGCAUUCACAGUGGGGAACUUCUACAGUGCCCUUUCUCCAGAUAGCCAGAGGGUGAUUGAGUCUCUAUGCCUAGGAGGGGAUAUUCUUACCAAGACUCCACCCGAGCUGAACCAGAUGAUCAGUACUUUGGCUGCCAGAGAUCAUUCUUGGGGACAGGGUAGCCGAGGCAGACAUUCCCGGGACCGUGGUGUGCACGCCAUGGAGACCAGAUCCGGGCUCGAGCAGCAGGUAGCUGAGCUAGUGCAGACAUUGAAGCAUCCCAACAGUCUGAUUCCGGGCAGAGGUUUGGCUACACCUCCAGUUGCUCAGUGUCAGUGGUGUGAGAGCUCCAGUCACCUAGUGGAGGACUGCCAGGCUAUGAGGGAGUCUACCACACCCCAGGAGCAGUUGGCCUUCAUCGCCAAUGCGAGGCGCCUCGAUCCAUACAGUAGCACAUAUAAUGAGGGGUGGCGCCAGCAUCCCAACUUCGCCUGGAGCAGCAACACCACUAAACCACCUGGUUUCCCAGCACCAGCGGGUGGUUUUCAGCAGAGGCAGCCCUUCCAGGCUCGCCAGGGGCCAGACCCACAGCAGCAGCCCUACCAGCCUAGGCAGGGCCAGCCGUUCCAGCAGCCCCAGCGCCAGUUUGCCAAGCCAGCAGCAGCUCCGGCCCCAGAUGACAGGAUGACGAAGCUGGAAAACAUUCUAGCUUCAUUCAUGACUAGCAUCCAGGCUGCUAUCACAUCACUGGAGGCAGGUCAGCGGAACCAGGGUGCCAUUUUGCAGGAUCUGCAGACCCAGGUGGGCAUCUUGGCCCGCCAGAGCACCACCAGGGCACCGGGGACUCUGCCUGCCACCACUGUUCUGAAUCCUCGAGAUCCUCACCAGCAUCAGCAGCUGGAUGCCAUUUUUACCAGGAGCGGUAAGACCAUAUCUGAUGAUCCUGUCCCGGCCAGACAGGAGGAACCACUGCCUGCUCCAGCACUUCCAGCCGACAAUGCAGAAGUGCGGGUGGAGAAGGAAGCCCCUGCUCCCAAGCCACAACCAGUGGUUAAGGAGCAUGUACCCCAGCUUCCCUUCCCCACUCGCCUACACAAGGACAAGCUGGAGACUGAGUUUGCCAAGUUCAUGGCAAUGUUGAAGCAGCUCAACAUCAGCAUACCGUUCAUGGAGGCACUGUCGAAGAUGCCCAAGUAUGCCAAGUUCAUGAAAGAUAUCUGCACCAACAAGAAGAGACUUGGGGAUCUCUCGACAGUGAUGCUGAGCGAGGAGUGUUCUGCUAUCCUGCAGAACAAGCUGCCCGAGAAGCGCAAGGAUCCAGGGAGUUUUACUAUCCCCCUUACUAUUGGCAGCAUGCAUGUAGGAAAGUCCUUGGCGGACCUAGGCGCUAGCAUUAACGUCAUGCCAUAUAAGUUGUAUAAAAUGCUAGACCUAGGUGAACUUAGCCCUACUAGGAUGAGCAUUCAAUUAGCUGAUCGUUCUAUUGUGCAUCCUAGGGGAAUCAUAGAGAAUCUGCUUGUUGGUGUUGGUGCAUUCACAUAUCCUGUUGAUUUUGUUAUUCUUGAUGUGCAUGAGGAUGUGGAUGUGCCUUUGAUUCUAGGUAGGCCAUUUCUUGCCACCGCCAAGGCACUAAUUGAUGUGCAUGAUGGUAAGUUGAUCUUGCGUGCUGGGGAUGAACAGGCUACUUUUUCUGUGACUGAGUUUGAUCACUGUGCUAUGAUUGCUGUCACGCCUGUGCAUGCUAUGUCUGAUCAGGUACACGAGUCUGUCGUGUACCCUUCUGCACCUCCUAUUUUGCAGGACCCUCCUAUCAUUCCUUCGCCGCCACUCCAUCCAGCCUCGCCUCCGAACAAAAAGCUCAAGGAGGAGUGGCGGCCGAAGCCGCAGGUUGCUAAGCCUGCACGGAAGAAGAGUGGAGACCACUAAGAGCUGGUCCCACCUCCUGCACCACGACCACCCUGGCCGUCUGGGUACUCGCUCUCCUGCAUCUUGCCAGAUGGGCAGGUCGAGCUGACCGAUGAUGGUGGUCGCAUCCGUCGGGUGCAAGGCCACAACCUGAAGCUGUACCUCAAGAGCGACGUGGAUCGGCUCUUGGAGGCACCUGUUCCUGCACCGCCCUGAGUAUCCACCAUGGGCGUCCAGCUAAUACGACGGUAAAGAAGCGCUUGUGGGGAGGCAACCCCACCACGGUUUGAUUUUUUUUUUCUUGUGUUUUGAGUCGGAUUGUAACCCGGUUUGGGUUUGGUUUGUUUUCUUUUGGUUUGGAUGAUAUUUUAUUGGGCUGACCAUUGAACCUAACAUAUUGUGUUUGAGCUCUUCUGUUCCCCUUUGGCUGUGCUUGCCCCGACUGGCCCGUUUCCAGUCCCCUGCAGUCCGUGCAUACCGGUAACAUCUUUUCCUAUCCCUUCCCUCUUCUCCAUUGAGGGCAAUGUCGAUCUUAAGUGUGGGGGGGUGUUUAUCUUUUGACUGCAUUAGAUCUGUUUGUGUGCUUGGAGCCUAGUCCACUGUCCAAAUUUUUAAAUUUGAGGGCUCCAAGUACGUGUCUCCUUGCAAUUGCCUGCUCAGUAUGCUUUGAAUUGACAGUCUUUAUAGUAACAUGCAACCUAGGGAGGUAGUGUAGCACUAUGGAGGAUGUUGAUGCAUUUAAGGAGUCUCAUUUCUUCUUCAUAUUGAGUUGGUUGAUUGAGUGAAUUAGUGAUCUUAGGACCCUUGAAUUGUGUGGUGUUGUGGAUUCUCUACCUGUCAUGGACUCUUGUAUCAUGUUUUGAGUUUAACAGGUGCUCGAAAAUGUGCUUCAAAAUAACGUCUCCCGUGCGAAUAGGGCGAAAGUGUGUAGGGGGAGACGGGAAUCCGUUCCCAACUUCCACCUACUACCUCCAGCCCCCUUACAUGUCUUUCCCCCGCACGAGGCUCGAGACAUCCGCUCCUGGCAUGGCCGGUAAGAGCAGGUUGGGACCCUUGAAAAGAAAAGAAAAGAAAAACAACAGAAAACAAGCAAAACAGAAAAAAAGGGGUUCCAACCAUCUUCAAAGAAAAUCGAGCACCUUGAAAAAUGUGAGUCCAUGAUCUGUUGUUUUUGAGAAUCUCUUCAUCCACAAUUCAUUUGUCCUCUGUUCACUAUUUGCCAUGAUGCCGACUCGCCGAAGAAGUUAUGAGAUGACUUGUGCGUCGGUUGACCUCGUAAGUUGCUAAAUGAUCUAGGAAGUCCUCUACCUACGAUCUGGGUUGUUUGUUGCUAUAGAGGUCUGGAGAGUUGCAUUGGUUUGAGUUAGGUUUGCUUGGGGACAAGCAAACGGUUAAGUGUGGGGGAAUUUGAUACCGAUGUAAAUGCACAUGUUUGCGCCCCUAGUUCUUAUCCGUUUGAGGGGCAUAGUCGUGUACUUUUGGCCUAUUUUGCGCCGGGUUGUGCUAUUUUGUCAUAUUUCAGGUCCCAGGUGUCAAAGGGAAGGCUAAGCACGAGUUUCGGGGCAUUCAGAAGUCAUUUCGGUGAGCUGGAGCCAAAACACGGGCAGCCUAAGGCAUUACACGGCCGUGUACUGCUGGCCGUGCUUUUUAUGCCGAGAGCAAAUUCAGUUUGGUCGAUUCAGCUGCAAACACGGGCACCAAAGCACGGCCGUGUUCAGGCAAAGCACGGCCGUGUACAUCGCGAAGCACGGCCGUGUUUCCUCCCACUGCUGGCCGUGUAAUUAAACACUGGCCGAAAC